CAGGUAGGUACUGAUAUUAGAUAUAUGUAUGUACGUGGGUAAAGCCAACGGCAGUGACUCGAGAGCAGCACCAACUUGAAAUGAAAUGGAACCCGACAAAGGUCCCGAGGUCUUGCCAACUGCCAGUUGCAGCGCCGACGAGGCCACAAGAACUGAGCAGGUGCAGCGAGUCCUUCGUUCUUGCCGUGUGCCUGGUCCUGCCAGUGCUUGUUGUUUUGUGCCUGCGCUUCCUCCACCCUCAGCUUCGUUCUCUCGGCCUCCUAUUCAUGCACCUUUCCUGUUAUCCUCUUUGACACUGUUGCCCAAUAUGAGUUAUGAACAUUCCUUCUCAAAGUGUCCCAUCACGUAAUCGCUACACUGCCCAUUUCGUUAGGACGGGCGGGCCUUGGCUGAGAAAGCAGCCUGCAAGCACGCGCCGGAUUCUCCCACGGUGGCGCAGUUCUGUCGUGGUCGACUGGAUCUCGAGGUACACGUCACACAAGCACAGGUUUAGGACUCGCAAGAAACAGAAGUCAACGUUCAGUAUCGUUCGGACAAAAAGCGCCAACCCGGUCAAGACAGCGGCGGGGCGUCACCGUUGAUAACUCUGCCAACUUCUGCGGCGAGUAGAAGGCAGUCAGUUGAUGCUCUGGUUGAUCUCUUCGAGACGAAAGAGAGGCUGAGCAGAGCUCCUACAACUUGCGAGGAUCGGCCUUCUACCAAUCCUGCGCCCCUUCUCCGCCGCCGCUACAGCAACGCGCUGAAGUCGCAAAUUCAGCCGUCGUCCGAGUAUUGGCCAGAACAAAGGAGCCUUGGGGAGACCCCCCGAAAGCGAGAUAGCCUAAACUUCGAUCGAGCAUUGACCAAUAGGUUACCGAGCCUCAGCGAGACACCUGCAGAAGUCGAAGUCGCAAAAUCGGCCGACCAACUCGCUCCUUCAGGAAUACCACGGAUUGACGUCAAAGUAUCUCCCCAAUCUCUUUCGAUCAUCAUCCCUAAAGGUAUUGAGCUGCCCAUCAUUGCUACUAUACAGCCCGCUGGCGCCUUCAAAGCCCAGAUGUUUGGUUCCAGGGCUGGGGAAGAAGGGGAGGCGAGUGGAACCUCUGCCGAUGAAAUGCAAUCACAGCACAAUGUCGAAGCAGAUUUGGCUCUUCAGGCGGGUAGACCCGUGAUUUUGGAUCGUGACAACCAAGAAAUCAUCGCCGGAUUAGGCUUGCCUUUCCUUGCUCGGGUCAGCAAAGGUCGGUUGAAUGUCUCUGAAGCUUCAGUUCCACCACCCCAGAGUUCUGAAGUUUCGGCACAGGGGCAAGUCUUUAUUCCAGCUCAUCAGCACGCAAGCGAGUGGGAUUCUGAGCCUCUCGAAGAUCCCUCAGAUCACGACAACCAAGAUGAGCAUCUGUCGGAAGAAAGUCACGGGCUGGAUGCUAACAGGUCCAGCCUGGCUGAUCUCGGAAGCGGCCGAGCUGCAGAUCCGAAUACUGACCAGGCUGAUGGGGUACCACUCCAGGCACCAGGCCCGGCACCCAUUUUUUCACCUGCUCCGGAACAGAUCGCGCUCCCUGAAACCCCUGUCGAACACAAGGUGCCCGGAGGCUUCCCCUCCAAAUUUGUGCCUGACGACUCGGAACACGCACCCCAGAUCAGACUUCAUAGGCCGAGCGCACCCGGAAUCACCGCAUCUCUAAGAGAGUUAAUCAGAAAAAGCAUAAGCGAUUCGAGCGAGCCCGUGCCAACGGCACCGCCACCAACGCCGGCCGCUGCUCCGGCUCUAACAACGACAAGUCCAAGUGAAGUGACAGGUCCAAUUGCAGUAAUGGUUCCGUCAGCAACCGCUGCGCUGCCAGCCGAAGUUUCUGAGAAAGGUCCAAAUGCAGUAAUAGAUCCAUCAACGACAGGUCCAAGGGCAGCGAUGGACCCGUCAGCAACCGCUGUGCUGCCAGCUGAAGCUUCCGAGAAUCCUUCGAGAGCGAUGGAGGCGACCACCAAUGCAGCACCGGCCACAAACCCCGCCAUGCUCGGCUCUUCGACCGUGUCUAUCAUUGCUAGCUCGAUUUCUGAAUCAACAGACCAACAAACUGCUAGCAGUAUUGGCAGCGUGAGCAGACGCACGAGGGCAGUUCGUAGGGUUCGGAGCGUCCUGGUCAGAAAGCCUGUGCUGGAUGUUAUUAUAGGUCGGGACCUCGCAGAAGUCAUCCGUCCCGAGCUUAAAAGGCGCGCCAAGCUUACUUCUGCGACUCCAUUGCAAGUCGACGGUCCAAGCGACUAUUUCCCGGCAUACUCCAGGCGUCAAGAACGGAGAAGGGACUUGCAGCGGAAACGUGUUGACGAAAAGCUCGCGACUGCCAGGAUCCAUGCGGAAGCAGAAAGACUCCGAAAGUGUCCGCAUUGUCAGGGUCUCACCCAAACGAAAUACCACCGAGCAUACCAUAGGUUACAGCUCAAACGCGACAGACCGGAGUUGAGGAUGCUGGAUAGAUAUGCAACAGGCAGAGCUAGGGUUGUGGCCUCGAGAUGCAAUUGCCGCAGAACAGGGCUGUUUAGGCGGGGGAACAUGGCUCGAGCAGGAGACGCGGCGUUGACUCAGGAGGCACUCAUUGGAGAGGUUCCUGCAGAGGAGAGGAGUCAUGGCCGGGAGUUGUUGGGUUCGUGAUGUGGAUAUGAGGCUUUUGAGGAGAAUGCAAUCCCGUGCAUCCUUAUCUCGAGACUGGAUAAGCUGCGACAGCAGCCUUAUACUGAUCCUAUCAUUAAGCUUUCACAAACCCG